AUGCACUGAGUAAAAGAAGCAAGGAGGCCGAGGCAGCCUUUUUGAACGUCUACAAGAGACUGAUCGACGUUCCAGAUCCCGUGCCAGCCCUGGACCUCGGGCAGCAGCUGCAGCUCAAAGUGCAACGCUUGCAUGACAUCGAAACGGAGAACCAGAAACUUAGGGAAACACUUGAAGAAUACAAUAAGGAAUUUGCUGAAGUGAAAAAUCAAGAGGUCACCAUAAAAGCACUUAAAGAGAAAAUUCGAGAAUACGAACAGACCCUGAAGAGCCAGGCUGAGACAAUUGCUCUUGAGAAGGAACAGAAGCUGCAAAAUGACUUUGCGGAGAAGGAGAGAAAGCUGCAGGAGACACAGAUGUCCACCACCUCAAAGCUGGAGGAAGCAGAACACAAACUUCAGACUCUGCAAACAGCCCUGGAAAAAACUCGAACAGAAUUAUUUGACCUGAAAACCAAGUACGAUGAAGAAACUACUGCAAAGGCCGACGAGAUCGAAAUGAUAAUGACCGACCUCGAAAGGGCGAACCAGAGGGCAGAGGUGGCACAGAGAGAGGCGGAGACCUUGAGGGAGCAGCUCUCAUCGGCCAACCAUUCUCUCCAGCUGGCUUCCCAGAUCCAGAAGGCGCCAGACGUGGCCAUAGAGGUGCUGACCCGCUCCAGCCUGGAAGUUGAGUUGGCCGCCAAGGAGAGGGAGAUAGCCCAGCUGGUGGAGGACGUGCAGAGACUCCAAGCCAGCCUCACCAAGCUGCGCGAGAACUCGGCCAGCCAGAUCUCCCAGCUCGAGCAGCAGCUGAGCGCCAAGAACAGCACGCUCAAACAACUGGAAGAAAAACUCAAGGGCCAGGCUGACUAUGAAGAACUGAAGAAAGAGCUGAAUAUCCUGAAGUCCAUGGAGUUUGCACCCUCGGAGGGAGCGGGGACGCAGGACGCGGCCAAGCCCCUGGAGGUCCUCCUGCUAGAGAAGAACCGCUCCCUGCAGUCCGAGAACGCAGCUCUGCGCAUCUCCAACAGCGACCUGAGCGGGUCAGCCAAGAGAAAAGGGAAAGACCAGCCUGAGAGUCGGCGCCCUGGACCCUUGCCGGCCUCCCCCACCCCGCUGCCCCGCAGCACGGGGGAACAGGCUUCCAAUACUAACGGUACACUCCAGUUCCCGCCAGCGGGGCUAAGUCAAGAUCUUUUCAACUCAUCCCUGGCAAGCCCCAGCCUACCCCUGGCUUCUACAGGAAAAUUUGCACUAAACUCUCUUCUUCAGCGACAGCUAAUACAGUCCUUCUACUCCAAGGCCGUGCAGGAAACAGGAAGCACAAGCAUGGUUUUUUCAACAGGUCCUUACAGCACAAACUCCAUGUCCUCCCCAAGCCCAAUACAGCCAAGCCCCGACGUCAAUGGCAUGGCACCAUCUCCCAGCCAGUCUGAAAGCGCUGGGAGCGCCUCAGAGGGCGAAGAAAUGGACACGGCCGAAAUCGCCCGGCAGGUCAAAGAACAACUUAUCAAGCACAAUAUCGGCCAACGGAUUUUUGGCCAUUACGUCUUGGGACUGUCACAAGGGUCCGUGAGUGAGAUUCUGGCCAGGCCGAAGCCGUGGAAUAAACUGACUAUCCGUGGCAAGGAGCCAUUCCACAAGAUGAAACAGUUCCUCUCCGAUGAGCAGAAUAUCCUGGCUCUUCGCAGCAUCCAAGGCAGACAAAGAGAGAAUCCAGGCCAGAGCCUGAACAGACUCUUUCAGGAAGUACCGAAUCGAAGAACUGGGUCUGAAGGUAACAUCACGACCCGGAUCCGAGCCUCGGAGACCGGUUCCGAUGAAGCAAUCAAGUCUAUCCUGGAACAGGCCAAGAGGGAACUCCAAGUGCAGAAAACCGCCGAGCCGGCGCAGCCAUCUUCCACAGCCAGCAGCGGGAAUUCCGACGAUGCCAUCCGCUCCAUCCUACAGCAGGCCCGCCGGGAAAUGGAAGCCCAGCAAGCCGCCCUUGACCCUGCCUUAAAGCCAGCACCGCUGUCCCAGCCUGAUCUCACCCUCCUCACCCCCAAGCUCCUGUCCGCCCCGCCCAUGUCCGCCGUGUCCUCUUACUCUCCUCUCGCCAUCUCCCUGAAGAAAACCCCUGUGGCCACCGAGGCCAGCACCUCAGCUCUGCCCAGCGCCCCAGCCCUCAAGAAGGAGGCCCAGGAUGUGGCCGGGCUGGACCCACAGGGAGCAGCUGAUGCUGCCCAGGGGGUCCUGAGGCAGGUCAAGAACGAGCUGAACCGCGGUGGCACGUGGAAGGACCCCUGGUGGAGCCCCAUGCAGCCCGAGCGGAGGAACCUUUCCACCUCUGAAGAGACCAAGGCCGAAGAGUCUGCCAGCGGGAAGGAAAAGGCCAGCUCUUGCCAGCUGCGGGCAGAGCGCAGCCAGCUGCAGGGACCCUCGUCGUCGUCUGAGUACUGGAAAGAGUGGCCCAACGCUGAGUCCCCUUACUCCCAGAGCUCGGAGUUGAGUCUCACUGGAGCCAGCCGCAGCGACACACCCCAGAACAGCCCUCUGCCUUCCUCCCCAGUUGUGCCCAUGGCGAAGCCCACCAAGCCCUCGGUCCCCCCGCUCACCCCCGAGCAGUACGAGAUUUACAUGUACCAGGAGGUGGACACCAUCGAGCUCACCCGUCAGGUCAAGGAGAAGCUGGCCAAGAAUGGCAUUUGCCAAAGGAUCUUCGGGGAGAAGGUGCUGGGCCUGUCCCAGGGCAGUGUCAGCGACAUGCUAUCACGACCAAAGCCAUGGAGCAAACUGACCCAGAAAGGCCGAGAACCCUUCAUCCGAAUGCAGCUCUGGCUGAACGGCGAGCUGGGCCAGGGCGUGCUGCCCGUGCAAGGACAGCAACAAGGGCCAGUCCUCCACUCGGUGACAUCACUGCAGGACCCUCUCCAGCAGCAGGGCUGCGUGAGCUCAGAAAGCACUCCAAAGACCUCCGCCAGCUGCAGCCCCGCUCCUGAGUCACCAGUGAGCUCCAGUGAGUCCGUGAAGAGCUUGACAGAGUUGAUCCAGCAGCCCUGUCCACCCAUCGACACCAGUAAGGACAGCAAAGCCCCAGAACCCAGCGACCUGCCAGCCUCAGACUCCCAGCCCACAACCCCACUGCCUCUCUCCGGACACUCGGCCCUCAGUAUCCAAGAGUUAGUAGCCAUGUCUCCAGAGCUGGACACCUACGGCAUAACCAAAAGAGUCAAGGAGGUGCUGACGGACAAUAACCUUGGUCAGCGCUUAUUUGGGGAGACCAUCCUGGGGCUCACACAAGGCUCCGUGUCCGACCUCCUCGCGCGCCCAAAGCCCUGGCACAAGCUCAGCCUCAAGGGACGGGAGCCCUUUGUCCGCAUGCAGCUGUGGCUGAAUGACCCCAACAACGUGGAGAAACUGAUGGACAUGAAGCGAAUGGAGAAAAAAGCCUACAUGAAACGACGGCACAGCUCAGUCAGCGACAGCCAGCCCUGCGAGCCCCCCUCCGUGGGCGUGGACUACAGCCAGGGUGCCAGUCCCCAGCCGCAACACCAGCUGAAGAAACCCCGUGUGGUGCUGGCCCCUGAGGAGAAGGAAGCUCUGAAGCGAGCCUAUCAGCAGAAGCCAUACCCAUCCCCCAAAACCAUCGAGGAACUUGCCACCCAGCUCAACUUGAAGACCAGCACCGUCAUCAACUGGUUCCACAACUACAGGUCUCGGAUCCGCAGAGAACUGUUCAUCGAGGAGAUUCAGGCCGGCAGCCAGGGCCAGGCCAGCGCCAGCGACUCGCCAUCGGCCCGCAGCGGCCGCGCCGCGCCCAGCUCGGAGGGCGACAGCUGCGACGGCGUGGAGGCGGCGGACGAGGAGCCGGGCGGCCCCGCGGCCGGCAAGUCUCAGGGAGGGCCCGCCGAGCGGGAGCGCCAGGAGGCCGACAGGGCGCCGCCGCCCUCGGGGACCCCGGGCCCGGACGACGGCGACGCCGACACCGAGGACGCGGGCCGGUCACGGCCGCCGCCGCCCGAGGGCCCCGCCGACCGCCCGGCGCCCGUGCCAAGCCCCGCCGCGCCCGCGCCCUCGGCCGCCGCCGCCGGGGAGGACGCCGCUACCUCAGCCGCCACCGCGCCCGCGGGCCCCGGCGCCGAGCCCCGGGCCGCCUUGCCAAGCACCAGCGCGCCCGCCGCCACGGCCGCCAUGGCCGCCACGCGCAGGCCCAGCUCGCUGCAGAGCCUCUUCGGCCUGCCCGAGGCGGCCGGCGCCCGGGACUCGCGGGACAACCCGGUGCGCAAGAAGAAGGCCGCCAACUUGAACAGCAUCAUCCACCGCCUGGAGAAGGCCGCCAGCCGGGAGGAGCCCAUCGAAUGGGAGUUCUGAGGCCAAGGUCACGGCCAAGGUCACGGCCUUGGCCACGGCCUCGGCCUCCCCCACACCGGGCUGGGCGGAGGGCGGCUCGGCCUGGACGGGUUUGCGCGCACUUAACCGCCCUGCGGGCCACAGGGCAAAAUCGCCAUAGGCCAAGGUGCAUAUAGAAAACAAAGGAGCAUUAAGCCCAAUCUAUGUCGUGUUUUCAAGGAAGAAAACGGAAAUGCGUAGUCGAGCUUUUUUUGUACCCUCAAGUGUUUUUUUUAUUGCCCUAAAGUGAUUUCCACAGUUCUGGAAUAACUCUUUACAGCUUUGCCUUGCGCCCUCCUCUUUGGUGUGGGCUUAAAAAAAAAAAAUCAAACCCACAUAUUAAAAGGGGGCUUUUUAUCUGCCAUCUAAUGGCUUCAGAGCGAUAAUAAUACACUAUUAUCUUCUUAAACCAGGAAAAAAAGGGGGGGAGGGGAUUUUUCAGAAAAAAUAAUUAAAAAAGAAAGUUUUUUGUAGGUGUUCAGUUGCCACUAAGAGAUUGCACAGUCAAACCGACUCUAAACACACUAGUUUGGAUUCCUAAAUAUUUUCAAGAAAAGAAUCUUCUCGUUUGAAACUUUGAAUUAAAAAAUAAAACACAUUUAACUCCACAUAUUUUUUAACAAAAAAAGAAAAAGUCACAUCAGGAAGAUAUCUGAUUUUGUGGUAGCUGAGGUAGUGUUUUUCCUGUACGUGAAUAGAAUCCUGACGUAGUACACAUCGAUCCAUAGCUUUAACUGACUCUGGGCUUUUGCUGACCAGAGUCUGUUUAAUACACUCCAUUCUAGGCCAAAUCAGGACAAAAAAAAAAAAAAAAAAAAAAGAAAGAAAAGAUCCGAAUCUAGGCAUUUUAUAAUCUGCUUUUUAACCUCUAACCGUAGAGCACGCUGACCAGACCUCAUGUCUUGGAGGUUUCGGAGACAAGUUAGAACUGUAGCAUGUACCUGUUCAGUUUUUGUUUUAAUUUAUGGUGUCUACGUCUGUGUCAGCGCAUCUGCGCACUGUACGAGCAUUGAGAAGAAGGGAAAGUGUAGGCCGGCAAGGUCGCAGCAGGCAGUCCUGGGGCCAGGCACACCUUUCCUUGGCACACAGAAAGCACCUCACCUCACACCACUCUCCCGGGCGCCCGAUGGACUGAGCCUCCCCACCCCCACUCCCCAGGGGAAGAUGCUCCCUGGGCCUGGGCAGGGCUGGCAUACAUGCACGCACUCUCUCUGUCCCCUCCUCUUCCCACCACAGCACUGAUGACCCCGUCGAACUCGUGGGAAGCUUCUUUCCCCUGCAGAAGAGAGAACGUGGCAGUCUGGGCUCCGCUCACACCAAAAUGUUGACGCUCCUCCCUUCCGAACCAGACCAUUUGGGCCCUUCAUUCUCUUCAUUUCUCCUCUUGGAAAGUUCUUUUAUGCACAGUUUAGGGCAGUCUAAGUACAAAUCAAGAGUCUAACUUGUCUCUGAUUCCUCCCGUUGUCUAUGUGUGUGUGCAUGAGUAAUAGAGGUGGGUGAGAGUGUGCGUGCAGGCGUGCGUGUGUGCAAUUUUAUACGUCUGUGUAUUUUCCUAAGUACCUGUGCACACAUACAGUGCAUUACUGCCACCUUUUUCAAUAAGCUGGUUUAUCAGUUAUGGCUUCUACAAGUUUGCUAAUUUAGACUCCUUUACGGCCAUU